GCGGCGUACUCACACAUGACCUGUGUCUGAUCUGUUCUGAUGUUGUUCUGAUGUACGGUGGCUCGAUCGCGCGUCUACGGCGCACGAAUCUGGGGGGAUUUGGAACAACCAGUGAGUGUGCCGUUGCAAGAUCUCGACUUGCGAGGCCCAUCUGGCAGACGAGCUGCGCUGUCGCCGUCUCUUUGGGGGAUGCGGAUGGCCCGCUGGGUUCUCAUUAGGACCGAGCACACCGAGUUUUCUCGUCCUGUCAUCCCGUGCGGACCGGACAUGGAAUCGCAGGCGGCGGGACAUCCCAGAGGACGCAAAGGACAGUCCACCCCGCUCGACAACAUGCAUGGUCUGUCGUCGUCCGGGUCAGGGGUGUUCGUCGGGACAUGUCUGCGAAGACGAGGAAAAGGAAAGCCCACCGACGCACUGGGAUACCUAGCAUGUGUCCGUGACGUUGCGGCCGCCCCCGUGCUCGCAGCAAACAAUUUUCGCGAACGACGUAUGCCACGCGGGUGCGUCACCGUACGCGUGCGCCCGAGCUGCGAAGAGCAAAGGGCGAACCCAAGCGCGGUGGCCCGCCCGCAAUCCAUCAUCAGUCCGCGAACUCGAAGCAGCACCAUCCUCGUGACCGGUUCUCCGUCCCUAUCUCUCGGAGGCAAACCGAAGGCAAACGUAGUGCCAUUCCGAACGGACGCAUGGCGCAUCCUUGUGGGCGCGCGGCAACCUCGGGGAAAAUCCAUAUACGUCUGUGUGUGCGGUCGGCGUCACGCAUCAUCGCGCCCGCGAACCAGCUAUGCCAGUAGUAGCAACGAGCCAUGCAUAUCUCCGCGUCCGAGUACGCUAGUCGUCUUCUGGCGUGCCCCCGCGCGCACACCGCCGACGCGCGCACGAGACCGGGCGUGGCCAGACGUGUCCGCAGACGUCAGACAAGCUCUGGCAUCCCCAGCAGCCCUGACCUCGAACCUUCGCAGCCUGCCGGAAAUGGGACCGCUCAUCACUCGCACGAAGCAGUGGCCGCGGCGGCCACCCCUGCUGCGAGCUUCGACCAGGCACGCCCGCCCAGCACGGACGUCGCGUCACGCGUUCUUCUCCCCAAAUCGCAGUCGCUCUUCCCCAUUCCAAUUCCUCGCCCGCUUCCAUCCCCGCCGUGUCCCUUGCACGCCGCACGUCGAGCCGAGUCGCCGUGCGCUGACUUUUUGACGCGCCCCGCAUGGCCCUCCGCAGCGCGUCGGCGCGAGAGCGGGCGGCCUGCCACACACGGUCCCCGCUGUCAUGCGCCGCGCGUCACGCGUCACGGCAUUCACUCGUAGCCUCAG